AUUUUGCAAGUCCCUUUCAAAAGGGAAAGAAGGAAUGUCAAUUGCGAAUCCAUACUUCGUGAUACACAUCAUUAAUGCUCAGCACCACGACCGCGGCUUCCACCCAGACCAACCGCCUGAACACCAUGGGAUUCCCUGAGCAACCAUACCCCCUACCAGCAGGAAUGCACGCCAUGCCUCCCCAUUUGCUUGACAUCCGCGACGAUGCACAGAUCGACCACGACAUCGUGCACGCGGAGCCCGUGACCGACGAGAAGAAUAUCUGGUUUUUCUGGACAAGCGGCUACGCAAACAUGCAUCCAUACACGCAGCGCAAUGUGCGCGCAUGGCAGCGCCGCUUCUCCAAGCGGGGCUGGACAACUCGCGUGCUCGACUGCGAUACCAUACGUGAUUACCUUGAUAUCACCGACCCGGCCCUCUUCCCGCGCGCCUUUGCCGACGGAACCAUCAGCGGCACAUACGCACCGCAGCAUACAUCCGACCUUGUUCGUUUCCCGCUCCUCCUGCGGUAUGGCGGCGUCUAUGCCGACGUUGGUCUCAUUCAGAUUGGAGACCUGGAUCGUCUCUGGAAUGAAACGAUCGCCGACCCCGAGGCUCCGUUCGAGGUCCUCUCGUACUUCACAGGCAUACCCGACGAACGCACUCUGACGAACUACUUCCUCGCGGCACGCAAGAACAACCCACUCUUCUUGCGGUGCCAUAAACUGUUGCUGAAGUUGUGGGAAGGCCAGACAUGCACUGACGGCAUGCAUGCGAGUCCGUUGUUGAAGGGGGUGCCAUUGAUGGGGGGCUCGUUCAAGAUAGAAGAGGACGGCCAUAUCAUCAAUGAGGAAGAGGCCAGCAAGCUUCUGACGGAUUACAUCAUUCAAGGACAGGUGAUGUCGAUGGUCAUGGGGCUUGUGGAUGAGGAGGAUGGUUGGAAUGGGCCCGAGUAUAUCCGCGAUCACCUGUACGGAAUCGAGUUCAUGGAAGGGUCACAGCUGAUCAACGAGUUCACUCAGUGGGAUGGACGCCAGGCGUUCGAAUUGAUGUCGCUUUCUGUGCCAAAAGCGGGCGAGGCGGAGACUGAUGAGCAGAAACGGGCGCGAGAGGUCGUCGAGGGUUGUCUGGCGAAGAGUUUUGGGUUUAAGCUUGCCCACGGGCUGAUCCUGAGGGUGUACAAGGAGACACUUGGAUCGCUGUGGAGGAAGUAUGAUGGAUCGGAUAACGUUGUUGGAACAUAUGCGCAUAUGCUUCGCCAUGGCACUGUGUACUGGAAUCAGGAUGCUCUUCCCCGGACGUUGAAGUUCCCGAAUCUUGAGCCGAUCAAGAGAGGUCCAUUGCUGAGGGAAGAGUAGUUCACUGUGGCUGGAAAAUAGUUAAUUCACUGU